AUGUCAGCCAACAACCAAACGGACGAUCCCAACAUCCCCUCCUCUGAGGACCAGCUGCCGCCUCCAGAGCCAGCACACCCUAGCAGCCUGACCGCCAAAUGCCACUGUGGCCGCAUCAAUGUCGAGAUUCCUUCUCUUCCGACCAAGAUCAACGAGUGCCGAUGCAGCAUCUGCUACCGCUACGGGGCACAGUGGGCCUAUUACCACUUCGAAGAUGUCAACGUUGUCGUUAACGGGCUAUUGUGGCUGGAGGAGGAGAGGACAAAAGGACCUGACGUACCCUGGAAGAAGGUCGGUGUGAACUCCCGAAUGUUGGCACCUCAUCUGCUUGAGGGCGUGGAGAAGAAGACGGGCCCGCUGGGCGAGCUAUCUGGCUGGGAUUUCAAGCACGCACGUGGCUCAAGUUGCUGA